AAUUUUCCCUGGAGGUGCAGAAGCAAGUAGACAGGAAUGUCACCUUGAGACAGAAUCAGGCAACGAUGCAGCUGGACUGGAGUCUGGCACAGAAAUCUGGUGACCCAGGGAUGGGCAAGUUGCUGGCUGAGGCCCCCCUGGUCUCGGAGCCUGAGAAGCAGGUGGUUCUGAAUGAGACACACCAGGGCUUGCUCCCCAUCCUGCUCUCAGAUGUCAUCUCUGCCUUUCUGAGCAACAACGACACCCAAAACCUCAGCUCCCCAGUUACCUUCACCUUCUCCCACCGUUCGGUCAUACCAAGACGGAAAGUGUUCUGUGUCUUCUGGGAGCGUGGCCAGAAUGGAUGUGGUCAUUGGGCCACCACAGGCUGCAGCACAAUGGGCACCAGAGAUACCAGCACCAUCUGCCGUUGCACCCACCUGAGCAGCUUUGCCGUCCUCAUGGCCCCCUACGAUGUACAGGAGGAGGAUCCUGUGCUGACUGUCAUCACCUACAUGGGGCUGAGCCUGUCUCUGCUGUGCCUCCUCCUGGCAGCCCUCACCUUCCUGCUGUGCAAAGCCAUCCAGAACACCAGCACCUCGCUGCAUCUGCAGCUCUCGCUCUGCCUCCUCCUGGCCCACCUCCUCUUCCUCGUGGCAAUUGAUCGAACCGAACAUGAGGUGCUGUGCGCCAUCAUCGCCGGUGCCUUGCAUUAUCUCUACCUGGCCGCCUUCACCUGGAUGCUGCUGGAGGCCCUGUACCUCUUCCUCACUGCACGGAACCUGAUGGUGGUCAACUACUCGAGCAUCAACAGAUUCACGAAGAAGCUCAUGUUCCCUGUGGGCUAUGGAGUCCCAGCUGUGAUAGUGGCCAUUUCUGCAGCCUCCAGGCCUCACCUUUAUGGAACACCUUCCCGGUUAGUGCAAAUUCCCACAGUCCUUAUCUUCUCCGGCAUAACCGUGGCCGUGAAUUUAGCUCUCCUUCUGGUGACUCUCUGGAUUUUGAAAAACAGACUCUCCUCCCUCAAUAAUGAAGUGUCCACCCUCCAGAACACAAGGAUGCUGGCAUUUAAAGCGACAAUUCAGCUGUUCAUCCUGGGCUGCACGUGGUGUCUGGGCAUCUUGCAGGUGGGUCCGGCUGCUCGGGUCAUGGCCUACCUCUUCACCAUCAUCAACAGCCUGCAGGGCGUCUUCAUCUUCCUGGUGUACUGCCUCCUCAGCCAGCAGGUCCGGGAGCAAUACAGGAAAUGGUCCAAAGGGUUCAGGAAAUUGAGAACUGAGUCUGAGAUGCACACACUCUCCAGCAGUGCGAAGGCUGACACCCCCAAACCCAGCACGGUUAACUAGAAAAAUCUUCUGAAUAAGAUCUUCCCUCUUUGCCCGUGGAAAAUCUGAACAAUAUCUCAGCCAUCUAGAGGGGAAAGAAAAGACUUUGUUCUGUGUGUUUCAAGAAAUUCACCAUGUCAGCAAUAUGAAGGAUGUCAUGGAAGGCGUGCUUGGCAUUCAAUUCCUGCAGAAACCGGAAUUCUUCCAUGCCCUACAAUGUGCCCAGCAAACUCUCAGCAUACAGAUGGCCAACUGUGGCCCAUAUCUUGGUCACUCUGAAGCACAAUAUUUAUGAAGGUGUAGAAGGUUCUCCCACAGCCUCUCCUUCCUACAAAGACUCCUCCAGAUCUUAAAAUGAAGCAGGAAAAUGAACCUAAGAGGACUUUCAUAGCAACAACAUCCGAAAGGGCUAGAAUGUUCACACCACAAUCUGGAUUUCUUAAUUUUUUUCGUUGUUGUUCUCUAGUUCUAUGGGUUUGAUUAUUUAGUCAUGUGAAAAAUAUUGAUUAUUCACACAUAGAUCAAGAGAGACACGGCUUCUGCCUUCAUGGAGCUUUUAGGGGAAAAUGAACUGGCUCUUGCAGCUAGAGUUGACUCAGAAGCUGAAAUUCCCAGAAAUCAAGUUUCUACUGCUAGGCAAUUGAAGUAUAAACUGUUUUAUAAAC